AUGAUUGAGGCGCAGGUCCGACUGGCGGCGCAGUACAUCAUGAAGCCCUUGAUCGAGCUCGCUACCCACGGCAACCACAUAGAGGUCAAAGACAUCCUGGACAAGCUCGCCACAUCUGUUCUUGAGGUCAAGGAGAACUGCGCCCAGGGCCUCGUGCAGGCGGCGAUUGACAUUGCCAUCUGUUUUCGGGGAGUCGCACACGUCUUGGAUAUCGCGGACGUGGAGAACGCCACGGACUUCAAGGACCUGGUCUCGGGGGGGCCCAGUGAGCAGUCGACUUCGUCGAUGCGCGCGGAGACCUUGAAGCUGAUGUCGUCGUCCGAGUUCGUGAGGCCGCUGUUCGCCGACGCGUCCAAGAAGACGGAUACGCACACCGACACUUUGGAGGCCAUGCAGGAGACGGUCGAGGAGUUCCACGCGGCUGGUGACGAGGUAGCUCGCCAGUGCUGCGUCGCCAAGGCAGUGGGUUUGCUCGGCACCUGGCGCAGGGACGCCAGGACAGGUUGCGACGCCAUCGUCACGGAGCCGAUGUCGCACUUCGUCCAGGAGUUCGCAGUGAAGAUCCAGUCCUUCGACUUCCUCGGGUCGGAGGACGACGCGGUGAUCGUGGUGCAGAAGGCGAAGGGCGCGGUUGACAUCCUUGAGCAGGUGAUCAAGGUUGGCAAGUUCCCGCAGCGCACGCCUGACUGGGAGCUCGCGCUGACGAAGGCGAAGGAAUGUCAACCCCUGCUGUCUUCAAGAGUGUCGGUGGCCUCCUUGGAACCCGCGUUCGGCGCCAGCACUGCCCGAGACGUCCUGACCGACCCUUUGAAGCGCUCCCAGCUCAAUGAUCUCCUAACGACCGCGUCGGCCACCACAGAUGCUGACAGGCUUCGCACGCUGGACAGCAAGGUGCGCUCAGUCUUGGCUUUGACGGCGCAGGGCCUCAUCGAUAGCCUGGGCGAGACUGACAAUGCCGACCUCAUCGCGGAUGUGACCCCCGCGCUGACUUUGCUCACCCGAUGCACCUCCGAGAAGGGCGAGGCCUUCGGCAAUGCGGUCACCCAGCUCCUGACUGCCGCCUCGCAGGUGCGCCCGAAGGUUGCCUGCUGCCUCGUCGAGGAUACCAGCGGCAAGAAGUCCGUCAACAUGAAGCUCCUCGAGGAGGUCCACUCUGGGCGCAAGCUCAUCGAUAAGCUGAGGCAGGACGUCGGGGACGGCCACGCGCUGAAGUUCGAGACCCUCGACGGCUUCACCCGCUCCAUGACGGCGGUCGUGGAGGAGGGGAUCCAGCUGCAUUUCGCCACGUUGCGCGCGGAGUUCGGCUCCAUCGCCGACUCGCCCUACGAGCCGAAGGGGAAGGAGAAGACCUCUUUCCGCCAGGUCGCUGGCGGACGCGUGGACGGCGCCGAGGGCACGUGGUCGGACAAGCUCACCGCCAAAGACGGCAUGAAGAAGCUGCGCUCCACCCUGACCAACACGCUGGCCAAGAUCGCGCCGACGGCGUUUGCCUUGGCGAAUGGGAAGCUCCAGGUUCAGGCUUUCGCCGAGAAGUUCGGCGUGGCCUCCGGAGACAUCGGCUGGUACGGCGCCUCGAAGGAGCUCGCCGAUCUCUCGAUGCUCACCGCCCGCGAGAUCAAAAUCACUUCGAUCUUGGUGGCGGUCACGGACCGCGGCCAGCUGAAAAUCAAGAUCCAGGGCCAGCGUGAGAAGGCAAAGCAGGAGGGAACCAUGGACCGCAUCAGCCCUUGCGUGCUCGGUAUCAUGCGCUGUGCCGAGGAGGGGCGCGCUCUGCGCGAUUAG